AUGGACGACAAGCCGGCCGCCGGCGAGGAGCACUACAGCCUGCGAUGGAACAACCACCAGGCGCAUCUGCUUCGCUCCUUCGAGGCGCUGCUGCAUGCCGAGACUCUCGUGGACGUGACCCUCGUGUGCGCCGAGCGCCGCGUGCGAGCGCACAAGGUGCUUUUAGGUGCCUGUAGCCCGCUCUUCAGGCGGAUAUUCAGCGAAAACCCGUGCAAGCACCCGGUGAUCGUGCUCAAAGACUUUCAAGGAUGGGAGGUGCAAGCGGUGGUGGACUUUAUGUACCGUGGGGAGGUUUCGGUGGCGCAGGAGCAGCUGGGCACGGUGAUCCGUGCGGGGGAGUCCCUGCAGGUGCGCGGACUGGCCGACCAGGAGGUGGCGGAGUGUGCGGAGUCGGAACGCUCGCCGGCCGGCAGCCCGACCGCAGGCGCGGCGCCCUCGCCGCCUGCCAGCCCGCACAGCCCGCAGCCUCGCAGGAAACAGGCGCGCCCACGACGUCGUUCAGGGGAGUCCGAUACACCAGAGAACCUGUCCAUGCGACGUUCACCAAGCGGCCUGAAGGCAGUACGGCUGGCGCGAGGCCGUUCCCCGCACAAGCAGGAGCCCGAGGAGCCCGAAGCCGAAGCACCACCACCACCCCGAAUGUUCCAGCCGCACCAGGACAUGUUCCCACCUGUACCGCCACCGGCCGUCUCCGCUCUCUCCCUUACGCCACCUCACAUGUUCGGCAUGGAGUCACCACUGGCGCUGUUCCCGCCCGGCAUGGAGCACAAGAUGUACCCGCUAAUGGACGUCGAGCACCGCGCGCCGCCGCUAGACGCGCAACUCUUUACCAACGUCAAAAAGAAAUGGCGACCGAAGGGGCAGCACAGUGCACCGCGCGGCGGCCCGCCUCGAUCCUGGACAAAUGCAGAACUAACGGAAGCGCUACAACACGUUUGGAACAAGAAAAUGACUACGAGCCAAGCAUCAAGAAUAUUCGGCAUCCCAUACAACUCUCUCUUAAUGUAUGUUCGGGGUAAAUACGGCAAAAGUUUAAAACUAGAGCAGCUCAGGAAAGAUUGCAUCGGCGGUCCACUUGAAGUGUUAAAUUUAAAUUCAGGCAAUAACAACAAUAACCACCCGCCCGGCAAGCACCACGAGAAGGAUGAGCAGCAUCAGAACACAAGCCAAAGACCAGCGAGUUCGGAGCCGGACAUCUCUUCCAAUCCCAUGUUCAAUCCGUUCCAGCAAGGGUUCUACCCAGAAUUCCCGCCAGGGUUCCCAAUGCCACUGAACAUGCUACAUCUGUUGCCGCCGAGUGAGAAAGCGAGAGAACUGUAUCAAUCGAUGCCCAUGGCCCUCGAUUCACUAUCAGGGGUCACAAAAGAGGAGGACUGUAAGAGCGACCGGUCAAAGGAGAACUCUGCAGACGAGGAGGGUGACACGUAUCGUGCGCCCACGCAUCCUCCACACCCGCCCGACAACCGCACACUUCUUCAUCACAAUGGGCAGGAU